CGCUGGUUCGCGAUCGCAGCAGUCUCGCGUAACAAAAAAAAUAUGGAUCUCCAGAGCGUCCUGGAGAAGUGUGGCAACUUUGGCCCCUACCAGAUACUGCUCCUGGGCCUCUACGGAUACACGAACAUAGUGUCGUCCUUUCACUACUUCUCGCAGACCCUCAUCAGCUUUACGCCCCCACACAGAUGUUCUGUGCCCUUAAAAGACCUGCCUGAGAACGUCACCUUGCUGGAGGUGGAUUCCUGCAGUGUGCGCCAGUUCGAUAGCGAUCUGGUCUUCUAUGAGUCCAAGUGCCAAUCGUGGGAAUUCGCCAGGGAAAGCAACUACGAGAGCAUCACCACCGAGCUGGAGUGGGUGUGCGACGACGCCUACAAGCUGGCGGUGGGUCAGUCCUUCUUCUUCAUCGGCUCCGCCCUGGGCAGCAUUUUCUUUGGCUAUCUGGCCGAUCGCAUUGGUCGUCUGCCAGCCUGCGUCCUGACCACCCUGACAGGUGCCUUCGGUGACUUCUUCACCUCCUUCGUGAGCAGCCUGCCUUGGUUCUCGUUCACGCGCUUCAUCUCUGGUCUCUCCAUGGACACGCAGUAUGUCCUGAUGUACAUUCUGGUCUUCGAGUACUUGAGUCCGCAGCACCGCACCUUCGGUCUGAACAUCAUUUUGGGGGUCUUCUACUGCAUCGGACUGGUGAUCUCGCCCUGGAUGGCCAUCUGGCUGGGCAACUGGCGCAGUUACCUCUGGGCGGCAUCUCUCCCAGCCCUGGGCAUGCUGAUCUAUCCCCUGUGCCUCCACGAGAGCGUCGAGUGGCUGCUGACCAAGGGAAAGUUCGACAAGGCGGUUAGCAGUCUGCGGAGCAUCGCCAAGUUCAACGGGCGGCAUGUGGAGGACUCUGUUUUCGACGAGUUCAUAAAACAUUAUCGCGAGAAGCUCAACACCGCACAGAAGACAUCCUCGGACACAUUCAUGGGCAUGCUGAGGACUCCGAGGCUGAGGAAGUUUACCAUUAUUCUGCUAAUCAAAUCAAUGAUCAUCACCAUUGCCUUUGAUAUCCUGAGCCGUAAUGUGGAGGGCGUGGGAAUCUCUCCCUUUAAGCUCUUCUCGUACUCGGGAUUCUGCUACUUGCCCGCUGGCCUUACCAUCAUCCUGUUCCAAAACAAGAUUGGGCGCAAGGGCAUGGCCUGUGCCUCGCUCUUCAUGGGGGCCAUCAUCACGGCGACCACUGGUUACCUUGUGGCCAUCCUGGAUCCGGCGGACUACUCGAUUCUCUUGGGCUUCAUGGUUAGCCUGGGCCGAUUCGGGGCAACGGUGGCCUACGACGCGGAGGCCCAAUACGCGGCGGAGAUCAUUCCGACCAGCGUAAGAGGACGCGGAGUGGCCAACAUCCAUGUGGUGGGCAAUGCCUUCGCCUUCUUCAGCUCUUACAUCAUCUUUCUGGGUACCUUUUUCAAGCCGCUGCCCUCGCUGCUCAUCAGCUUCCUACUUCUGAUCGGGGCGGGCCUGUGCCUGACUCUUCCCGAGACCCUCAACAAGGAACUGCCGCAGACCUUGGAGGAGGGCGAGGUGUUCGGCAAGGGCGAGAAGUGGUACUUCUUUCCCUGCUUCUCGCGCAGACAGCAGACAAACAAAGCCGCAUCUCAGUUGGAGUCAGCCAACGAAACUACAAAGUAGCCUUAGUAAAUGUAUAAAGACAGAAAAUAAAAACAAAUUAAAAAUCACAA